UCAGAAAGAGCAAUUGUUGUGGGUCUGUUCCGAAGAAUGCAGUCUCCAUGUAUAAACGCCUGCAAAUUCUCCAAAACCUCAUCGUACCAACAUCAAUUCCUUCGGUUCUACGCUCACCCUCACUCUCUCUCCUCCGCAUCCUCGUCAUCUCUCACCUCCGUCUCAUCAAUCCGUAGACCCAAUUCAUAUCCAUGCGUUUCGUGUAGUUUCAGCAGUAGACCCAGUAAUCGAGGGAAGUCCAGGGAGAGAAACGGAGGGAAUAGUGGAGAGAGAGUGAAAGCGAAGGGGAAGGACAAUGUAUGGAGUGUUGAUAAUGAGAGGGCGAAAGUGGUAGAGAAGGAGAGGGAGAGAGGUGGUCGGAGGAGGAAGAGAGAAGGGAAGAGAGUGAGGAGGGUGGUGAAGAAGAGUGGAGGUGAUAGGGUUAUGGUCUCUGGUGUUAUGCUCAUGGAGGUCGAGACUGUUCUACAAACUCAGGAACCUGUAAUUCUACCAGCAUGGAACACAUUUGCCAGUAGUGUCAGUGGGAUAUGGAAGGGAGUGGGAGCUGUAUUUUCACCGAUCACUGCCGAAAUGGAGCCAAUUGAAGUUGGAAACAGGAAUGAGAAUCUAUUUGACUGUUAUACUUUUUCCCGCAUUGAGGUGGUGCCAUCCCCUUCCAGAGAGCAGAAAUCUCAAAUUCAAAGGAAAAUCAAUUGGGUGACAUUGAAUCCUUAUGGUGAAAGUAAGCAACUAACUGGAGGUGGCAGUAAAAAUGGAGAGAAGUCUAUACUUGGAGAUGCAUCUUUGUUGACAAAGGAGGCAUCUGGUGGAGGUCUGACAAAUCAUGUUUUGCCGAAAUUUGAGUCUUUUGACUAUGGAAGAAGUGAUGUGAUGGAAGAAGAUCACAUGGACUUGGAAUCUGGUCUUGUUUUCUUCGAGGAUGGAUCUUAUUCAAGAGGUCCAGCUGAUAUUCCUGUUGGCGAAGUUGAGGAGUCUAAAUACUACCUUUCCCCGACUAUUAAGUUUGAGCAAUGUUUGGUUAAAGGCUGCCACAAAAGACUGCGUAUUGUGCAUACUAUAGAAUUCAGUAAUGGGGGUUCAGAUAUUCAGAUAAUGAGGGUUGCUGUUUAUGAAGAACAAUGGGUCAGUCCUGCUAAUCUCCCCGAAGAAAGGCUAUGGUUUCCAUGUAACCACGGACCGAAGGGUAACAUACUAUUACGAGUGAAAAUUGACUUGGAGUUGGACUCAAAGCCAUUUUCUCAGAGGAAAAGAGUUCAGCCAUCAGAACUGACUGGGUCCUGGAAAGUGUUUGAGGUUAGUGCCACACCCAUCUACAGUGAGGACAUUUUAACAGAAGAAAGCAACAGUCUCCCUUACGUUUACCUCUGUACGGAAACCUUAAAGAAGAGAAGCUUGCCUGAAAACCCAGUUUACUUUGGAGAGGAGGAGAUGCUAGACAUGCAAAAUGUCACUGUCCUUUGGCUGCCAGGAGGUGUCACGGGCUAUGUGGACGUGAACAAGGAUGGUGUCCUCUGUAUUGGAGUCGGCUGGUACUCGGACGAGGGAAUAAACCUUGUUAUGGAAAGGGAUUAUGGGGUAGAUGGGAAACUCAAGGAGGUUCGAUGGAAAACCGAAGUAAAGAGAAGGUGGUCUCAUCCAUCAACUGUGUAAGACUGUAAGUUCUUUUAGCAAGCUUUUCUGUUUGAUGAUAAUAGUGAUAGACAAGGGGAUACAGCUCUAAUGAAGUUUCAUAAUUGAAGUCCUAUACUUGGUGAAAGCUUUGAAGUCAAUUAGGGCAUAUUUGGUUUUGGUAUUAGGGGUGAGAUAGAUGAAAUUUGUCUGAGGUAACUUAAUACUAUGUUUGGAUCAUUUUAUAGGCUAUGAUCUUGUAACAUGAGUUAAUAUCAGCCCAUGCUAGUGUGUCAAAUUACACCACAUACGUGGUAACGGUAGUUUCCAAUCCGGAUACAGGAUUGGUAUUCGGACAAUAGAUAAACCUUAUCCUAACCUUGAACCAAACAGGGAAUAGAUGUACAGAUUAUUGUUGUUGAUAAUGGAU